AUGGAGGUCAAGGGUACAAUGUACGAUUCAACCACGGAGGAUGUGCGCAAGUUUCAGCAAGGUCUCAACCGGCGACUCGAGCUCCUUCCGCCUCAGGAUCGAUCAAGGGCGCAGGCGCAAGUCUUCGACGACAACGACGUCAAACCACUUUUCCGGUCACACAUGCGUUUGCUCGAAGAAAGAAGAAGCAUCGGACCAAACGGCCAGCAGACCUUUCAUCGGUACAUCUCACAAGAUGCAGGAACGAACAAUCGCGCUUUUGGAGUCAAUCCAGACGCCGGCAAACCUCAAAGCGGCAACGAUGGAAGCAGCAACAUGCCUGGCGUCGACGACUCUCGCUCCUGCAUUGUCGGUCGUCGCUACAACGUCAGCGAGCUCCUCAAGCCCGGAAAGCCAAGCUCGAUGUUGAUCGGCUGCCUGCAAGGCUUGCCGCAGCUAGUGUCUUUCCUGAAUCGCGAAGUUUCCGUACAGCUGCUGAAUCAGAAGGAUGCACCGACGCUUGUAGAGACGCUACGACUGAACGCCAAGGCUGGCAAGACGCAGAUCUUUCAGCCAGCGUCCACGGACGAUCUCGCUCCCGGAAAUGUCGUCUUGAUCGGUCAGAGCGGGUUUGCAGUCAUCGACUACAUCCACAACGAAACGGCUGAUGGCAGCGACAUGGCGAUCUUGGCACUCCACUCUGCCUUUGAUCCUUUCUCACACCUGAUUUGCGCCGCAGUGCAAAAGGAUCAGAACAUAUUUUUGAUGUUCCUGGCAGCCGACGACGGUAUUUUGACCGAAACGUCGAUGCACUGCGCCUUUGAAUCGCUUCGAUACAAGGAGACGGAGCUGGCGAUGCGGGAUCCGCUUCUCAACAACAUGAAGAUGCUCCUGCGCAGCGCAGAUCAAUUUUUGGGGCGGAUCGACGUACAGGCCUUGCUGCGGGGGCAGCCGGAGGCACUCGACGUUCGAGCCUUCGAUGGGGAUGACACGGCUUUCGACUUGCUCCGUCUCAUGGCAGAUCCCGCCCAGGCCAUGACGGACAUGAAAGAGACACAAGACGUCCCUGGAGUCCUGGACUAUCCUGGCCUUUUGGGAGGCAGGUCAUAUGACGGCCUCGCCUUUCUUCCGUACUUGGAUUCGAUCCCGUUCAAGAUCAGGGUAGGGGUGCAAAAGCUUGCUCGGAGUGAGUUCAGAACCAGGUUCACAGAUGCCAAAGCCAGCGAUCUGCGCAAAGCAGUCGACAAUCUCGCAGGAAUCUGCAUUCCUAACAAGCAAGGAGAGUAUCAAGAGCUCGCCGAUGUAGCCUGUCGCGUCUCGGAGGAAAUCGACGGCCUGCUCCACAGGCUCGUUGAGAAGGCGCCAGACUACGAACAGCUGGUCAACGCAGUCCGAGCUGGAGCGUCCCAGCUUGCCGGCUUCAAGGAUGUGGACAAGGACAAAGCUGAGCGUCUCGUAAGUGCAUACUCGGUGCGGGAGUGUCUUGGCCCUUUCACAGCCGCGGGUGGCUUGCUCGACGCGUACGUCACCAUCAGCACCGCACGUCGACUCCUCGAGAGCGCCAGUCUUGAAUCGCUGCAGGCGCAGCUCAAAACGCUGAGCAGCGAUGCAUCGACGCAGGAUCAGACCUUGCAAGCGGUCAGGGCGAAGAUAGCAAAGACCGGCACCCAAGCCGCCGAGCUUACAGAGCUUCGAGGGCAAGAGAUCAAGCUGCAGCAGCUUUCAGAUGCCUCGGCGCUUCGCAUCGCCGAGUGCAAGGAGUGCAUCAGCGCGAAAUCGAGCGGGAAGAUCCAAGCGUGGUCUGACAAGCGAGUGGCCCAAGUGGUGUUGCAAGAGCAGCUGCUCAGAGCGAAGCCGUAA